CCGGCAAUUUCAUUUCUGUUGGUUGUUAUAUACUUUCCUUCUCUAUUAAAUUGCACGAGUGACUAAAAUAAAAAAAAACCACAUACGAUUUCUUCUUCCUCAGUGUUAGACAAGCUUCAUCUUUGAAAUUUGGCGGGAAAUUAAUCCCAAAUUUUGUUUAUUGUAAAAAAGGGAAUUAUUCGUAUUAUGUUGAUUCACUUUCUGUGUCUAGUAGCCACGUGAUUGGAUCUUUCCGCGGUUUUUUGAAGAGAAAAACAAAAAUUAGUUUUCGCGUAUAAAAGUACUUGAUCGUGUUUGAAAUUAAGUGUGAAUUCAAUUGGAAUAAUUGAAUAAGUUUUCAAGAACUUGAAGUUUUAACUGAUGCAAAAGUGAGUGUAUAUGAAAAAAACUUGAAAAGUGAGUAAUAAGAUGUCAGAAGUGCCAGGGUCAUCACAACGAUAUUCCUGGACGACUUUGGGAUCUAUGCCAUUCAGUGUUAACAAGAAGUGUCUCAACUUCUUUUGAGGAACUUUUAUUAUCUCAUUGACAUUAAAUGGUGAUUGUCGAGUCACACACAAGUCGAUAAGAGGAACCCGUUACAUAAUCCUGUUUUUUUGAUCAAGGCCUUGAAUGUCUUUUUGGUGGAAUCUUUCAGGUUUCUGGUGUCGAUGAGAAGCAGUGGGAUCGAGUGCCACCAAAGAGCGAAUAAAACGAGGUUGCUUGGAACGCGCCAGUCAAUUUCGAGACCAGCCAGAGGACGUCCUUGAGAUUCUUUGGGAAAUUCGAGCGACGACCCAUCGCCGAUAUCACGCGUAUAGAAACUACGUCGCUCUUGGGUUGGCGAAACGCGGAGAGGGAGUGCACACGUAUCACGAAUUGACGAGAUAUCUCGUGAGGUUCUCUACUCACGUACACGCGUACGCAGACAGAUUACACUCACACAGACACACAACAUUCUCCAGAGAGCGUCUUGUGAGAAGGCAGGCGAGUGUUCGAGACGGGCAGAGUUGAAAAUUCACCGAGAAGGUUGUGAUAUCGAAACAUGACCACGUGACCGUCGAGUAGUUUGUAAACAGUUGGACCACGUGGUUUCCCCCGGUCGUCUCCUUGCGAUCUAGUAGUGCACAGAACUGUGUUUUUACUCGAGAUCAUUUAUCAACAACAAGUGCGAUUAGUAGACUUUUCCAAUUUUAAAAGUGACUCGAGUUUAUUUGAAAAGUUGAAUAGUUGGUUCGGUUCAAGUGUUCUCGUUGCUGAUAUUCCGACCCCGUGGUCGGAAUUGCUGACAAAGGGCUAAAGUGGAGUACAUCGAGAGCGGACAGAUGAUGGACUCGAUGCCGGUACCAGUCACGGGAUCAGCAUCAGUCGCGGGCCAGCAAGGUGUGCCCUUUGACCUUGAGAGUGGGUUCGAACCGCAAACAAGAGCAAGAUCAAACACGUGGCCGUUGCCAAGACCAGAGGGUUAUGUUGAAGGAAAUGUCCCUGGUGGCUCGGGGGGCAAGGAAGGUGUCGAAGGUGGGACCCCACCUCAACAGGGGCCACUCGCUCAGGGAGGUGGACUCCUUCCGGUGAAAAAGAAUUCCUCAAGGAGGAAUGCGUGGGGAAAUUUGAGUUAUGCUGAUCUCAUCACUCAGGCAAUCACCAGUGCUCCGGAAAAAAGACUCACCCUUUCGCAAAUUUACGAGUGGAUGGUCCAGAAUGUCGCUUAUUUCAAGGACAAGGGGGACAGUAACAGCAGCGCCGGAUGGAAGAAUUCAAUAAGACACAAUCUUUCACUGCACAAUCGAUUUAUGAGAGUACAAAACGAAGGCACUGGAAAAAGUUCCUGGUGGAUGAUUAAUCCUGAUGCGAAACCUGGAAAGUCUGCUAGAAGAAGAGCGACGUCAAUGGAGACAAGCAAGUUCGAGAAGAGGCGAGGUCGAGUAAAGAAGAAGGUUGAAGCGUUGAGGAACGGAAGUUUGCAGGCGGACGCAACCCCCAGCCCCAGCAGCAGCGUCAGCGAGGGCUUGGAUCUCUUUCCAGACAGUCCCCUUCAUCCAGCGAGCGGCUUUCAACUAUCACCAGACUUCCGACCUCGGGCUUCGAGCAACGCAUCCUCCUGUGGAAGAUUGAGUCCGAUACCUGCUGCCAUUAGUGAAUCAGAUUGGCCACCGAGUUAUUCGUACAGUCCAGAGCAAUUAGCUGGAAGUUUAGCAGAAACGAUGAAAAUCGACUCCUACCAGAUGUACCAGACGUCACCACCACACCAACAGCAGACUGGCCCACCACCCUCUUAUUUCGAAGCUCAGUACCAGAGGAAUAACUCGCUUCGAACAAACAGCACACCCUAUGGUCUACCACCCACACCUCAACCGACGAAUCAACAAAGAUGUCCAAUUCACCGUCUACAACCCUGUGCCUGCCAAAUGAAUCUGAGUCCUGUGUCUGGUAUGUCGCCUUCAUACCAACAGCAGAGUGAACCUAGUCCUUCGACACUUAGCUCCCAGCAGCAGCAAACCAUUCAAUUCCUACUACAGUCACAACAGCGUCAACAGCAGCAGCAGCAGCAGCAGCAACAACAACAACAACAACAGCAGCAACAACAGCAGACGCACGCACAAUCGGGACCCGGUGGUCCAAGUCCACCGGAAUCGCCUAAACCCAGCACGAUAAUGGGCCAAAUUAUGGGGGCCCUAAACAAUUCGGCUCUCCUCGAUGAUCUCAACAUCAACAUUGAAACGCUACAAGGUUUCGACUGCAAUGUUGAUGAGGUGAUAAAGCAUGAACUGUCGAUGGACGGAACACUGGACUUUAACUUUCAGCAGGGUAUGCUUGGCGCCCCUACGGGUCAAGUGAGUGAUGAUGAUAUUAUUCCAAGUGUAACGUCCCCGAGUGGUAGCGUAUCUACCGUAACGAGUAACGCCAGUUCGGCUGGAGUUUACGCCAGUACCAACGCGGCAACUCCUGCCGCGCCACCUUCCUGGGUUCACUAGCAGUGGAUUCCUCUACCCUCGACUCCUCCGUCGCCGUAUGAUCGUGAUAUUUUGCACAACACGACUCAGGCUCACCUUCACGGUGCACGGAGGUUUGGAGAGGUAUUAGAGGAGCGGUUUGUGAUAAGAUAUUAUAAACCUACCAAUGCCAGGACUCGACGAAAUACGUACUUUAACCGUUUACAUUAGUGCAAUAAUUAUGGUGCAAAACGAAGCAUUAAAAAAAAUGUACUAUAGGGUUCUUUAUUGUAUAGAGAGUAGGGUGCUCAAAAAAAAGCUACAGGGAAUGAUUGAAAUAAUAGACAAAAGUUGUGUGUGUUCCAGAUUCGCAAUUUUAGUAUAAAUAUGGCUAAAUACCCAAGUUCAAUGGACUUGAGUUGUUAUUUCGUUUUGCUAUAUAUUUAUUCUUACAUUUUUAUACGACAAACGUUUCACAUUAAUCAACAUUCAUAGGUUUUUUAUAAAUGAAAAUUGCAAUUGUAAAUACGCAAAAAAAAUUAUUAAUACGUUGAUACCGCAAGUUUCUUCGAAUGUAGAAAUUUUUUCAAAAAAAUCUAUUGAGCUUGAAAACUUGAAAUUUUUAAAAACUAUUUUCAAUUGGGACAAAGUUUGAAAAAAACAUUUAAUUAGUACGUUCCAAGAUGAAUGAAAUAAUUUUAUUAUAAUAAUGAGCUUUCUAAUUCACAAUUGUCAUAUUAUGGCUUUUAAAAGCAAGUGAAAAAACGUAUAGGUAAUGCCGAAUGUGCUAGAAACAAUCAAAGUUUUUUUUAUUUUUACAAAUAAUAUACUGGUAUAUAUUAUUAAAGUCAAUUUUUAAAAUAAAGGCCCACAAACCUACUGCUAUUAUAAUUAAAAUAGAAGCGCGGGAGUCUACAAAAAACUAAACAUGUACGUAAUUCUGGAUGGAAAGUUUUGUCAACUUUUUUUUCUUUCUCAUCCGGAAAAAAAGCAACAAUCUCUGUUUUGUCAGAAAUAAACCUCAUAGAGCAAUAAGGAGCACGUUAUACAUACUAUGAAUGUAAUUAUAAAUGAAAAUGUUUCAAGAUAUAUUAUAUAAAUAAAUAUUAUAUAUACCAUAAGGAAUAAAAAAAAACGCUGAAUUGCAUAGCAAUAUACUAUAUGUGUAUAUAUUAAUAUAAAAAUACGAGGGUAUAAAUAUUAAAUAUACGAGAAAUAUAUUAAAUAUAUAUUCUAGAGAAUAAAUAUUGUACGUUCGUUAGUGGUAAACGUAUGUUACUAUUACUAUUAAUUAUUAAUAUUAAGAAAACUAUGUUUAGCAUACGCUUAGAGAAGGACACUUGAAUUUUAAGCAAACAAGUUCAAGAGUAGGAAAAAAAUGCGAUAAUAUAGAUUCGAGAGUUCUUAUAAAUAUAUAUAUAUAUAUAUUUAACGUCAAAUGGAAGAAAAUAAUUUUAAACUGAUUUUUUUUUUUAUUGAAUUUUGAUUAUUCACUGUAACAUAAUUAUAUAAUACGCAAAGAAAAAAUACAGAGUGAAAAGGACUUGAAACGAAAAGCUCUGUAUAAGGAGUUUUUCUUUUUUUUUUAUUAUUAAAUGCACCUUUUUAAAAAAGGGAGCUUUUACUUUGGGAUGAUGAAAACGUGAACGGCGCAAGAAUUUUCGAUUCUGUAAAAAAUAUUAUAUUUUCAAUCAUUUUUAUAUUAUUAAUUUUUUAGUUGAUUUAAAAAAAUUGUGCCAUUUUACGAUUUCAUUUCCUUAGUUCAAUUGCCAGCGUGUAAUGAAAUUUUAGCCAAGAUUUUAAUAAUAUAAAAGUUGAAUUAUGCUCAGAAUGUGUGAACGCAUAUUUAUUAGUACAAUUAUGUUCUCUAUAACGCCAGUGUAAAAUUGUAAGUUGAUUCAUUCUCAAAAAAAAAAAAAAAAAACAAUUUAAAAAAAAUUCAUAUUUAA